AUGGGUGAUUUGGCUUGUGAUUCUGAAAGAGUGCUCAUGGAGGGUCACGGUGCCUCUUCUGUCUGCAAGGAUGACAUGCUUCUGCUAGAGGAGGCACUUCCUCCAGCUGGGCAGACUCCAGGUUCUUGUGUGGAGCUCCGUCAUAACCUGGAGGGAACUCAUAAACAAGCAAGGGAUGCUGGUUCUUUGGACACUGAAGUUGAUAUCUCAGGUUCUCCCAGCUCAGGAAUAAAGAGAGGCAAAGGAGGUGAUGGAAACUCCCAUGCAAUCUCCAAUUACAGUGAACCAAAGUCCUCUUCACCUUAUGAGCGCUUGCCGUCCUUUCCGUUCCCAGGCCAAUUAUACUAUUUGUUGCGCCUAAUGAAUUAUUUUGGCCAGUUGUCUAGGUUCAUCAAUCUAUGUUCUGUUCCUACCUGCUAUGAUGGUGCUGUAGUGGUAUUGGUACAUUUAAGCUGGGCCUUCACGUCGACGUCAAGGCUUCUCGUCUCCGCUAUGAAAGGAGGCCGUGAGAGAAGCAGCGGUGAAGCAUCGCCAACUGGAGCCCGCCACGUGAAUUGGGCCUCAGAUGUAUAUGACCCCCCAGUCACCUCUGUCGACCACACGGUGAAGGGCCACCAGCAGCGCUCCAGGUCCAGGAAGAAGGACAAGGGCAAGCAGAAACAGAAGCAGAAGAAGAGGAAGUCGCGCGGGAACGGCAAGAAGAGCGGCCUCCACGAUGCCGCCCACAACCCGCCUGCUCUCGACGUGCCCGGGCCAUCUUCGCCCGACGAACUAGGCUUAGGCGAAGUGGAGGAGGCCGAGGUGCUGGACUACAGCGCCUUCGACAGCCAGGAGCCCAAGUGCGGAGGCGGCUUCCCACACGAGAUCGCCGCGGCGCGGACGUGUUUCCCCGCUGCCGAGCCGUCAUGA